GUCGUCCUGUCCUGCAACACACUGGAAAAUGACAACAUUACGAGCUUUCACGUGCGAUGAUCUGUUUAAAUUCAACAAUAUUAAUCUGGACCCCCUGACAGAAACAUAUGGAAUUCCCUUCUAUCUUCAGUAUUUGGCUCAUUGGCCGGAGUAUUUCAUAGUAGCUGAAGCUCCAGGCGGUGAACUGAUGGGCUACAUCAUGGGAAAGGCCGAGGGCUCCGUCGCCAGAGAGGAAUGGCACGGGCACGUCACUGCCCUCUCUGUGGCCCCAGAGUUCAGACGGCUGGGUCUGGCUGCGAAACUCAUGGAGAUGUUAGAGGAGAUCUCAGAAAGAAAGGGCGGAUUCUUUGUGGAUCUCUUUGUGCGAGUUUCCAAUCAAGUUGCAGUGAACAUGUACAAACAGCUCGGCUACAGCGUGUACAGAACGGUUAUAGAGUAUUACUCUGCCAGUAACGGUGAACCUGAUGAAGAUGCUUAUGAUAUGAGGAAGGCUUUAUCCAGGGACACAGAGAAGAAAUCCAUAAUCCCGCUUCCACAUCCUGUCCGGCCAGAAGAUAUUGAAUAACACUAAGAUGUGGCUCUCUGAAAUCAUCAAAUUUCAGCUGGGAAAACAGACUUUUUGCUUUUAUGGGACAAAAUAUUGUUUUGAAAUGUCAGAGAGCCACAGAUUAUCGGGUUAAUAAAGCUGAUGCUAAAUGACAUUGGAAUUGUAGUUACAUGAAAUAAAACGAUUAAGCAAACA